AUGCCCACCCAAAACGACAUCGCCAAACACUUCCGCACCCUCCACCAACCCGGCAAUCCCCUAAUCCUAACAAAUGUCUACGAUGCCGCAACAGCCUCCAUAAUCGCCUCAUUACCAACAGCACCCGCAAUCGCAACAGCGUCCUACGCGAUCGCCGCAACGAUCGGCGUCGACGAUAACGCCCUAACAAAAACCCAAAACCUGACCGCGAUAGCCGCAAUCGCCGCCUCCGUCCGCGCCACAAACCCUACCAGACCACUGACCGUCGAUGUGCAAGAUGGACACGGGGAUGUCUCUGAGCUGGCAGAUACUAUUAACCAAGUCAUCGCGCUAGGCGCUGUGGGAUGUAAUCUCGAGGAUAUGGACGCGACUGGCGUGCUGCGGUCGGUGGAUGAGGCUGUGGAGCGAGUUGGCGUUGCUGUUCAGACGGCGAAGGCGGCCGGGGUUCCGGACUUCGUGGUCAAUGCUAGAACUGAUGUGUUGCUAACGGAGAAUGGGACGAUCGAGGAGGCUAUUGAGCGUGGGAAAGCGUUUUUGAAAGCUGGUGCUACUACGGUUUUUGUUUGGGGUGGGCCUAGUGGGAGGGGUGUUUCGAGUACGGAGAUUACGAGGUUGGUUGAUGCUCUAGGGGGGAUGGUUAAUGUGAAGAUGAAUUUGAGAGAGGGAUUUCUGGGGGUGAAGGAUAUUCGGGCGUUGGGCGUUGCAAGGAUUAGUGUUGGGCCGGAGUUGUGGCGAGCUGCUAUGAAGGCGUUUACUGAGCGGGCUGAGCAAGUGUUGGCUAUGUGA